GCUGAUUCAACCCCUUGAUGUUUCCAUCAACAGGUGUUUUAAAGCGGGGGUGAGGGCAUGCUAUGCAAAGUGGUUUGCAAAGCACGGCAUCAACCUACGCACGGCCAAAGCUCCAUGGAUGGUACAGACAACUACUUGGUGCUCCAGCACAUGCGUGGGGAGCCAGCUCUCAACGUCUCUGAAGACAUGUCCCUGCAAGGGACGAGUGGUGACAAUGCAGGUUUCGUGGAAGAGCAGGAGGCAGAGGAGGGGGAAGCGGGAGAGGAGGGAGAGGAGGGAGAGGAGGGAGAGGAGGAGGAGGAGGGGGGUGAAGCGGCGGAGCCAGGAGAGGAGGAUCCGUACCCAGAGACUAAGAAGUGCCGUGGCGCAGCAGCAGAAGCCGAGAAGCUGACAGAGCAUGAGAGCACUGCGAGGCAUGCCUGGGGGGUGCUAGAUAACAUCAAGCACCCCCCAGGAGGACCAGUAGAUUCGGAGGAGGGGGGCUGUGAUUUUAGUACUAUGGAGACCCAUGAGGAUUUCUAAGAGACUACUCUUGUCCUAUCUGCAUUGAU